AUGACGCGAUCAAAGAUUCCUGUGGGCAUCAAGCGCAAAGGCACUGAAGAGGAGAACCGUCGUGUAAAAGCUCGCACCGAUUCAGCGUCCAAACCAGUGAACAGCACAUCCAUCCCAUCGUCGACCCAUUCUACCAAUACCAUACGACGACCAUUAGCAUCAACGUCGAAGACACCCGUUUCCACAACCAGACGCACUACAACAUCGUUGAACAGCAACGCUACCACAGCGAGAACAAAGACGAGUGUAUCAUCAUCAUCGUCAUCAUCUUCUAUAUCAAGACCAUCAUCAGCAAUCAAUAAGCCUACCAAUGCUUUACGACGCACGUUGUCAUCAACAUCAAAAGCACCAGUUACCACGCCCAAACGCAUUCCAAAACCUUCGACUACGAAUAGCACUGCAGGUGCAAAGACGAAUGGAUCAACCGCUAUAACAAAAAAGAAACGACCAGCUUGGGAUCUACGGGGGAAGAUCUCAGACAUGGAAGAGCAAUUACUCAGUAACAAAGAACGAAUCAGCGAGCUCAUGGACGCCAUGCAAGGUUGGGAGGACAAAACAGCCAACAAGGAAACAGAGGCACGUGAACUACAUACUCAAUUGAUGAAUGCCGAAGCGAUGCUUGAGGCUGCCAAAAAGGGUCAUGAGGAUGAAAUGGCCAAGAUCAACGAGUCUUUCAAGGCAAAAGAAGAUGCAUUGGAUCAAGAGGAUGGUCAAGGCCACCAAAAGCUACAGCGUUUGCAACAAGAUAUCGAGCGUACGCGAGAACAAACGUCCGAUUUGGAGAGACAACGUGAGCGUUCCAGCACAGAGAAUACUGCUUUACGAGCGACAAUGGAAAGGACAUUGAACACGCUUAAUCAAGUGGAAGCCGAUUUACACAUGUUCCGAGCCAAAGGAGAGCAAGUGGAUACCAUGCUUACCGAUCUUCAGAACAACAUUGACCAGCUUGAGAACUCUCAUACGAAGACCAAGAACAAGGUGUCUGAUUUGGAAUCAAAGCUUCUGGAGAGUGAAAAGAUCCGCCGGCAAAAGCACAACACCAUCCAGGAACUCAAAGGCAAUAUCCGCGUCUUUUGCCGUGUCAGACCAAUACUUGAAUCCGAGAGCGAUCAACAUCGUAUGGCGCAAAUCGAUUUCCGUGGAAGCAAUCCAGAGAUAGGCGACCAUAGUGAAAAGCUCGAGCUCAAAGAAGAAGUUUCAAGUACACUUGGCAAGAUCACUACUAAAACAUACCCAUUUGCAUUUGACAAGGUCUUUGAACCAAGUUGCACGCAACAUGAAUGCUAUGAGGAGAUAUCUCAGCUUGUACAAUCAGCACUGGAUGGUUAUAAUGUGUGCAUUUUUGCAUAUGGGCAAACCGGCAGUGGCAAGACUUAUACCAUGCAAGGCCCACCACGAGCAAAUACUGAAUCAGCUGGAAUGAUUCCUCGAGCCGUUCAACAAAUAUAUGACGUAGCUCAAAAGCUCAAUGAUCGCAACUGGAGCUACUCCAUGGAAGGGCAAUUUCUCGAGAUCUACAAUGAAAACUUGCAUGAUUUAUUGGGUGACACAUCGACGUAUGGCAAGAUCAAGCAUGAAGUCAGGCAUGAAAAGAAUGGAAGGACAACUGUUACAGAUAUGACAACAGUUGUACUUGAUUCGCCUGCCAAAGUCACGAGCAUGCUCAAAAAAGCGAGCCAAAACAGAGCGACUGGUGCCACCAACUUGAACGAGCGAUCAUCUCGAAGUCACAGUGUUUUUAUGCUACGCAUCACAGGCAGCAACGCCGUAACGCAAGAGCAUUGUUCCGGUGUGCUCAAUUUGAUUGAUCUUGCAGGAUCAGAGCGGUUGGCAUUAUCAGGAUCAACAGGGGAUCGAUUACGAGAAACCCAAGCCAUUAACAAGAGUUUGAGCUGCCUUGGUGAUGUGAUCCAUGCACUUGCAAACAACAAGGAGGGUGGCCAUGUGCCUUACAGAAAUUCCAAGCUGACGUAUUUGUUACAGAAUUCUCUUGGUGGCAAUAGCAAGACACUUAUGUUUGUCAAUGUUUCCCCACUUUCGGAACACUUUGGUGAAACACUCUGCUCAUUACGUUUUGCAACGAAGGUCAACUCAUGUCGAAUUGGCACGGCCACACGAAAGGUUACCCGAUCAUCCUCCUCCUCUUCCUAG